AUGAUUAGUAAUAAUAAGAAAAUAGAGGUUGAGAAAAAUAAAUUUGCUGAAAAAGAGCAAGAGUUGGAAAGCGUAAAACAACAAUUAGAGAGUAAGGUACAAGGAUUAGAAAACGAAAUCACUCUAGGAAAAGAAGCUGCAAGCAAAGAAGUGGAAGAAUUGAAUAAUCAACUAGAUGAAUUAACUCAAGAAAAGCAGGGUUUAGAAAAAGAAGUUGUAGAAUUAAAAGCGAAAGUAAAAGGUCAGUUAAAGCGUAGGGAGGAAAUUCUUUCCCGUGAACAUCAAGAGUUACGCGAUGAAAAUACAAAAUUGAAUGAAAGAGUAGAUUCUUUAAUGGAGGAAUUGUGUCAAUGCAAAUCAGAAAGUGAAGAGAAUAAGUUACGCUUAAAAUCAGAAUAUGAAGAUGAGUUACGCUUAAGAUCGGAAUAUGAAGAUAAAUUAAACUCGGAAUUAGAAUGUAAAAGUAGGGAAGCUUCUUCUCUGAAGACUCAAUUAGCUAUGUCAAGAAAAAAAGUAGAAGAAGUAAAACGAUUAAAAACUUUAAAAUUGGAAAAACAACAUGAGAAUUCAGAAGACGACAUAAAGGAAUUAAAGAGGAAGUUAUCCCAAUUGAACAGGGAAAAGGAAAAAUUAGAAGGUGAAAUUAGUGAUGAACGUCAAAGGUACAUUCAUCUUGAAAGUGAAGUUGAUAAAUUGUGUACAAAGGGGAAAGAGUACUUAUCUAAAAUUAAGGAGCUGGAAAAUGAAUUAUCAUCUUUAAAAGUAAACAAUGAAGAACUUGUUAAUGAAUCAAUAAGAGCUGAGGGUGAUCACAAGGAAGAUGUAAAUAAAUUUGAAGCAAAAAAGAGAGAAUAUGUAACGAAUGUAGUAUUUGCUGUACUCAGUGUAGUGAAAGAAAGAGUAGAGCAAAGACUUUCUGGUUCAGAAGAACAACAAUACAUGCAAGAUACAGACCAUAUACAAAAAGCAGUUGAUAAAUUUAUGCAACCUAUAUAUGAAAAGUUAGGUAUAAAUAAUCAACUAGAUAUAAGCAGUGAACAUUCAUCAGAAUUUGAAGGAACAGGUGAAAAUACGUCUGCUAAUGAACAAUUCUCGAAACCAAAACCACCUUAUAUAUCCACUCCAACAAGAUCGCCAUAUACAAAGCUGAGUGACGCUUCAUGUGAUUCUGGAUAUUCCAGUGGAUGCUUUACCUCGACCAAUAGCUAA